GGGCUGAAAGAGCACCCCUUCCUCAUUCUUUUUGUUACCUCUGUUUAUUAAAAGGAAAUCGCCCCCACCCCAGAAAAGCCUUUAAGAAGUGCCUCUAAUGGUCAUUUCUGGAACGGGACAGCACAUAUUGCUGUACUAAAGAGGGGAAGGCAGAAAAGUGGACUGUGUCAUUCCUGAAGUGACUUGGCAGCAGAGGAGGAGUCUCUCCUGAACUCUAUAAAAGGUCAGCUCCACAGCUCCACGAGACAGACAGGCUGUGCUCCAACUCCAGGUGCAACCUCCCAGAAUCCCAGAUGGAUUUCAGUCAUCAAAAUUUUCACAGAAGGCUGAGUUUCUCCUCACAAGACCCAGCACUUAGCAUGAAUGGCUACCUGUAUAGGAAGAUGAGCAUGCAGCACCUGGGGACUGCACUCAGCGUCUAUGGAGGGGCGGGAGGCUAUGGCACUCGCAUCUCUGUCUCCAAAUCUGGGAAUGAUCUCUUCAGAGGAGGGUAUCUGUUUGCUGGCAAUGAGAAACUAGAAAUGCAGAACCUCAAUGACCGGUUGGCAAGCUACCUAGAGAAAGUGCGGUCCCUGGAGCAAUCCAACUUUAGACUGGAAGCCCAGAUCAAGCAGUGGUAUGAAACCAAAGCGCCUACCACCAUCAAGGACUAUGGUCCCUACUACAUACAAAUCGAAGAGCUGCAGAAACAGAUUAAAGAUGCUAAAAUACAAAAUGCCCGAUGUUUCCUGCAAUUUCAAAAUACUGAACUGGCUGCAAAGGACUUCAGAUUGAAGCUUAAUAGGGAGUGGGAGAUGCGCAACCUUAUAGAAGCUGAUCUCGAAGUCUUGAAAAAGGAUUUGGAUGGUCGGACUCUUGAAAAGACAGACUUGGAACUCCAGAUUGAACAGCUGAACAAAGACCUGGCCCUCCUCAAGAAGGAGCAUCAGGAGGAAGUCGAUGCCCUUCGCCAGCAGCUGGGUAACAAUGUCAAUGUGAAGGUGAAUGCUGCGCCAGGCCUGAACCUGGAAGAGAUCAUGAAUGAGAUGAGGCAGAAAUAUGAAGUCUUGGCCCAGAAGAACCUUCAAGAGGCCAAAGAACAUUUUGAGAGACAGAGUGAGGCUCUGCAGCAACAUGUCACUGUGAACACCGAGGAGCUGAAAGGAACCAAGGGUCAAGUCACGGAGCUGAGACGCACCUACCAGAACCUGAAGAGCACUCUCCAGUCCCACCUCAGCAAGAUAGAGUAUCAGAAGCGCACCCUGGAGGACAACAAGGCACAUUACUCCAGCAAGCUGGCAGCCAUCCAGGGAAAGCUGAGCUCCCGGAAGGCCGAGCUGAUGCAGAUCCGGAGUGAUGCAGAACGCCAGAACCAGGAUCACAACAACCUUCUGGACAUAAAGACCCGGCUUGAGCAGGAGAUCGCUACCUACCGCCGCCUUCUGGAAGGAGAAGAUGUAACAACUAAGGAGUACCAACUGAGCACUUUGGAAGCAAAGGAUAUUCAGAAAACCAGGAAGAUUAAGACCAUCGUGCAGGAAGUGGUGGACGGCAAGGUCGUGUCCUCUGAAACCAAGGAGGUGGAGGAAAGCGCGUAACCAGCUGCCAAGGGGAGGCUGCUCUGUCUGAAAAUGAAAGAAACUGGCCCUCAGAGAACACCAUCGACACUGCGUAGUGAUUCCGGUGGGAUGGGGAGUCUAUCUAUCAGUCUCUGUAAUGAAAUAUAAAUGUCCUCGCUCUGAGCUGUAAAGCGCUUGCAGGGUUGAACCCACGCAGUGCUAUCAAAGUCGUCAUCACCGCCGUCUUCAUCCCAAGGCACGUUCACUCACACUGAAGCUCUCAUUGGCGGGAGUUCUAGCAAAUGGCAAAUAAACCUCUCUCUGUGUGAGUUUUCUUGUUCUUGUUUCUGAAUUGCUAAAAUCCCUGUAAGGAGCCCAUGGGUUCUCCAUGGAGGCAACUUCCUGGCUAAUCUCAUUGGAUUUUGUUUCCCUUAAGCAGGUCUUUGCCUUUCCCUAUAGUCUCUGCUGCAUCUUGUAACUCUACUUAGUUCUUUGGAAGUUCUUUAAAAGAAUUUCCAAUCCCAAAUACUGAACAGAAUAAGAACAAGGCACAUGGUGAUUGAAACGGGAUGAGUUAGGAGCAUAACUGGACUGAAGGUAGAAUGUG